AUGUCGUCGCUAAGAAAUUCGUUGCACCGUCGCAAUCACAAGGAGCGAUCUCAGCUUGCACAUCGUACACGUUUUGGAAUUCUCGAGAAACACAAGGAUUAUGUUCUCCGCGCUCGCGACUAUCAUUCGAAGCAAGACAGGCUCAAACGGCUGCAGCAAAAGGCGGCAGACCGCAACAAGGAUGAAUUCUACUUCGGCAUGACUAGACAGCGGACGGAGAAUGGGGUGCACGUUCAAGAGAGAGGAAACGUUGCUUUGCCCAUCGAUCUCGUGAAGGUGCUCAAAACGCAAGAUGCCAAUUAUAUCCGCACGAUGCGUUUGGUUGGGCUGAAGAAAAUUGAUAAGCUAAAAGCUGAACUGAGUGCUUUGGCUGACCUCUUACGCCCCAUCUCAUCCGUUGACCACAAUGAUGCGCAUGGCCUGGACGAAGAAGAAAUAGGGAUACUCGAGGACGCGGGCAUCUUAUCGUGUCGCUUGACCAAAUCGCGGCGCCGGAAGAGCGGCCCGGGUCAUACGGUAUUUGCUGACUCGGUCGAAGAAGCACCCCAAGGAUCCGUAUCAUUGCCCUCCAGAACAACGAAUGAGAGCGACGUUGUUACGGACACCGCGGUCGACCUAGGCUGGAAAACUCCAGAGCGGGGCCUGAUGCAGAAGAAACGCCGUCGACUUGGUAAUGAGCUGAGCAACGCCAGUGUAGGGGCAGAGGAGCCAUCGGGGCAGGCUCGCGAGCAUCGGAGUCGGUUGUUAAAGGAGCUUUCUGCUCGAUUGAAGCGGGAACAGCAGCUCCGGUACGCUGAGCGGGAGCUCGAUAUGCAGAAGAUGCUCAUGGGCAAGGGAGCUCGGCGAAAGAUAGCUGGAGUAGAGAAGGUCGAGGGAGAGAGCGAGGACGAAAACGCAGACGAAGAUACCUCGGGCAAGAAACGAGGAAAGGUAGACGGGAAGACGUACAAGCCGCGGGUCUACAAAUGGCGGGCGGAGCGCAAGCGAUAGGUACGUUUCAUCCGGUUUAGCUCAUGCGGAAUAUCCUUUGUCAACGAUCUUUCCGCGAAUGCGACCAUGAUAACAUGCGGCUGAAACGCAAACGGGCUCUUAAGUCUUGAAUCAUUAGAGGUAAGGGACUCUGUCCAUCGUAAUGUGAUCUGAGCUGUCAUGCAGCGGGCUGCGUUUGUUGCAAAAGCGCUUGCGCAGCGAUCAACUCAUCUCGUUUCAUGUCGGAUUUGGUGCCCAGGUCCUUGAUCUGAGUCUCGACGCGCUUUAUUUCGCUCCUGAUGAACUCUAAACGUUUUUGAACGUUCUGCUUGGCCUCAGACUGGUCCUGCUGGACCAAUACCGGUCCGAUGAGUUUAUAUACCGUGUUGCUAGUGGUGAGCUGGCCAAAUUCCUUCCAAACGGCUUCAUUUU